GCAGUGCGUUGGUCCCUUUUGCAGCAGGGUGGAGGUCUCUCACUCCCCACUAGUCAGGAGGCAUGACUCUGGAGUCCAUCAUGGCGUGCUGCCUCAGCGAGGAGGCCAAGGAAGCUCGAAGGAUUAACGAUGAGAUCGAGAGGCAGCUCCGCCGGGAUAAGAGAGACGCCCGCCGGGAGCUCAAACUCCUCCUGCUCGGCACAGGAGAAAGUGGAAAAAGCACAUUUAUCAAACAGAUGAGGAUAAUCCAUGGAUCUGGUUAUUCAGAUGAAGAUAAGAGGGGGUUCACAAAGCUUGUCUAUCAAAAUAUAUUCACUGCAAUGCAAGCUAUGAUUCGGGCCAUGGAAACCCUUAAAAUACCAUACAAGUAUGAACACAACAAGGGCCAUGCACUGUUAGUUCGAGAAGUUGAUGUAGAGAAGGUCGCCUCUUUUGAGAAUCCUUAUGUAGAUGCAAUAAAGUAUUUGUGGAAUGACCCUGGCAUACAAGAGUGCUACGACAGGCGACGGGAAUAUCAGCUGUCUGAUUCCACUAAAUAUUAUCUCAACGACGUGGACCGUAUAGCAACUCAAGGAUACCUUCCCACCCAGCAAGAUGUGCUGAGAGUUCGAGUCCCAACAACAGGAAUCAUUGAGUAUCCCUUCGACUUACAAAGUGUUAUCUUCAGAAUGGUGGAUGUAGGAGGACAGAGAUCUGAGAGAAGGAAAUGGAUACACUGUUUUGAAAACGUCACCUCCAUAAUGUUCCUUGUAGCCCUUAGUGAAUAUGAUCAAGUGCUGGUGGAAUCUGACAAUGAGAACCGAAUGGAAGAAAGCAAAGCGUUAUUUAGGACGAUCAUCACAUAUCCGUGGUUUCAAAAUUCCUCCGUCAUCCUGUUUCUUAACAAGAAAGAUCUUCUAGAGGAAAAAAUCAUGUACUCGCAUCUAGUUGAUUAUUUCCCUGAAUAUGAUGGCCCCCAACGUGAUGCACAAGCAGCAAGAGAAUUCAUCUUGAAAAUGUUUGUAGAUCUCAAUCCCGACAGCGACAAAAUAAUCUACUCGCACUUCACCUGCGCCACAGAUACUGAGAACAUUCGUUUCGUCUUUGCUGCAGUCAAGGACACAAUCCUACAGCUAAACCUGAAGGAGUACAACCUGGUGUAAUGGUGCCUGCUAGCUCUCCCUGUUCCCUUUGGGCCAUUGAAGAAAUACAAGAUGGACUGUAUUAUCUGUAACAGAGAAAGAAACAAUUUGCAUAAUACUAAUUUAUUGCCGUCCUGGACUCUGUGAGUGGUCCACAGAGUUUGUAGUAAUUAUUCUGAUUUUAUUUAAAACUAUGUAAAGUAAACAAACAAAAAAACAAACAAACAAAAAAAGAUGCUGCAGGGCGUGGCAGCACAAUUUUUUCUAGGAGAAAAAAAAAAUCCAGCUUGUGUUUUAAUUUCUCAAUUGUGCACUCACAUUGGCUAUUCGGUUCUUAUAGUGUUUGAUUUUUGAAGGCGAGAGCUAGAAUGUUUUAUUUACGCAUGCACCUCUAAGGCUCCUAGACCCUUGGAGUAUUAAUCUUUUCAAGUACAAGACUUCCUGUUGUUUACCCUCCAUCCAUUCCUUUCUGAGCCACACACACCACUUCCCAAUUAGACAUAAUUUUCUUUUUAAUUUUUUUAACCGUAUUUUUAAAAUUAAGCCAUCUGCUUUGCUAAUUUAUAUACUUCUCUGAAGGAUUAAAAUAUUGAUACUGUGAUUUUUAAAUUAUUGAUAUGUAUAAAGUAAAUUUGGUUGGUGGCACUGUCUUUUGUCACGGAGGUAAGCAAGAAGAACCGGCACUAAUUGCGUGAGUGACAGGACAGGCACAUGGCAGACAGGUGGUUCUAGUGUUUAUAAAAAGAUGAUCAAGAUACAUGCGUUUAGCGUAAAUGUAUUUUUUUUUUUUACAAAGUGCCAUUUUUUUGAAGUGAAACCAGAUUUAUUUGGUAAUAUUUAAUUUUACAUUUGCACAGAGAACACCAUGGACACUACACACAGUUUCCCAAAUCGAGUGCAAUUUAUUUUUUAUAUACUGUAUGUAUUUGCAUUAUUUUAACCUUUUUUUUUUUUUUCUUGAGGUGGUAUUAUAGAUUCGGCUAAAUACUUUUCAUCGGGCAGAGUAAGUUUCCAUUUGCCAAAAGCUGGCUUUCUUAUUGUACUGUACAUAGAAAAAAGGAAAUGCCAAAACUUACUGAUUAGGUCCUGAGCUGUUAAUCAGAUGACUGCCAAAUAAUAAGCCGUUUUACUUCAUAUAGUUAGAAAAGGUAUUUCUAUUCACUAAGUAUUUCAUUUCUAUUGCCAAAUAACAAGCAGUAUAUAUGCUACAUGCACAGAGAUCCUAGUAUUUAACAGUUUUCUGCUCUGCAUCCCAGUGGAGCUCCAGUUCUUGAGUAGGGAAACCUGUGACAAACAUUUAAUGCACUGCUUUGCAGUCUUCCCUGUCUAGGAUCAAACACUGGAUGCUAGAGCCUGGGAAAUUCUUAUUCCUUUGCCUUGUGAACUCUUCUACCAUCCACAACCCUUCAUACACUCACUGCUUUCUGUAUGUAAAUAUUCAUCCUUUUGUGCUUCUUAAACGUGCAGAAUUAAAAAUGAAUAACUAAA